AAAAAAUAAAGGAUUUAAAAACCAGUAAAGAUGCUUUUGAACUACAGGGCCCCAGCCAUCCAUUCACUUCUUUGGUGUCUUACAGUGUACAUGAGCCUAAUGUUUGGUGCUUCUCAUUCUCUCAAUGGUUUUUCAGAGGAAUCUUGCAUUUUGAAAAUGACAGUACAAAAUUUUCGGCUCAUUUUAUCAUGGGAAUUAAAAAACACUUCCGUCGUACCAACUCACUAUACAUUACAAUACACAAUCAUGAGGUUGAAUUUCCAUAGUUACCGUUCCCUGAAAUUCUCCAAACCGCCACCAUUGGAAGCAGUGGAUAUGGUGGAAGUCAUCUCCAUCCACAGAAAGAAGAAAGUGUGGAAUUACAAUUACGACGACAGUGACAGUGAUACUGAAGUGACUCCUAAGACAAAUGCCACUGGCUAUACCAUGCACGGACUCGUAGGCCUGCUAAGCCAGGAUCCAGCCUCCUCCAUCCCGUCCCACGAGUCCCAGCCCAUAGACUCAGAGGCUGAUGAAUCUGAUGAGGCUGAAGCUGGAGCUGAGCUGGACCCCCCAACAGCACCAGAACCCCAGCCUUGGCAAUCUGGAGACUCAAGUGAGCCCUAUGAGAGGAGAGAAAGUCUGCUCCAGGAUCCCUUUCUUGAAGACAAUAGCAGCUCCCCCGAGGGCUCUGGAGACAGAAUUAUCUUCAAUGUGGACUUAAACUCUGUAUUCUUGAGAGUUGUCGACAAAGACGUGGACGAAGCCAGUCUGGUGUCAUCUCUGACAGAAGAAAUGGCGGACCCAGAAGAGGACGCUGAUGGAGGAGAGUCCACUCUGCUGAUAGCCAGUGGGGAAAGGACUCAGGCUGCUCACCUCAGCCCCUCUUCCCAGUGCCUGUGGACAGAAGAUGCUCUGUCUGACCAAAGUGAUGCAGACGCGGACAUGCAGGAUGGUUAUUUAAUGAGAUGACUCCAAGAGCAGCUCCCUAAUGUGAACUGAGAAGUACCUCUGGGUAUUCCUGCACCCUGUAUACCUGGAACUGCCAGUGUCUGGGAAGGAAGGAAGCCGUUCUUCCAGGCACCCUCAUCUGUGCAGGUCCUCAGUAUUUAUGGAGAUCACAGUACUGCUCAGUGUGAUGUUUACAAGUUCAGAGUGAUGUGUUUUGGACAAACCAUGCUCUGCCAUGUUUACCAGAACACACUUCACUUUGCAUGCUUCUGUGUAGUGUUUCCCAGGGAGCCAGGUCCACUGUUGUUUUCAGGGGUGGUAGAGACCCCUGGAUUCUAUAUUUCUGGAAGAUAAUUAAAUUGGACCAGGUGCCCCUGGCUCACACCUGUAACCCUAGUUACUCAGGAAACCAAGACCUGAGGAUCACGAUUCAAAGCUAGC